AUGAGCACCUCUACCGGAAUCCAACCCAGUUUCUCCCCUCAAUCUACCAAAAGUAGCAACCAACCAACCUAUUCAACAGAUUCAAAGCCCCCAAAAUCAACCUACAGAAUUCUCAAAGAUGCCGGCUUUCGCAGCAUGAACGAUUUCAUGUUCUCACAUGGAUUGAAAUUACAUGAUGAUGAACAUCUAGAGCAAGCAAAAGAAAUGAUUGAGAGGAUGAAGGAGGAAGAUUUGAUGGGGGAGGAUCUGAUGAGAUUGGAGUUUAGGGCGGCUAACGAUGAAGAAAAUGUGAAGGAUCAACGAGGUAUGGAGAGCUCGGAAGAUGAUGAUGAUGUAGUUGAAUUGAUCGGAGUUUUGAAGGUGGUUAGUGAUGAAGAAGGUGGUGUGGUGGAAUCAAUCAGGGUUUUGGAGGUGGUUAGUGAUGAGGAAGAAGAAGAUGGCAUAGAAGAGUCAAUCGAAUUUGCGGACGUGGUUAGUAGUGACGAAGUGGAUGAUGGAUUUCAGGUGUCUGGGGUUGAAAUUGUGGAGGAACUGGAUAGGGUUUCAUCUAGGGAAGAAGAACCGGAUGAAUGUGUCGAUGUUGAUGUUGAUAUUGGUAUGGUCGAUGAUGGAGAUGAUGGAGAUGAUGGAGAUGAUGGAGAUGAUGGAGAUGAUGGAGAUGAUGGAGAUGAUGGAGAUGAUGGAGAUGAUGGAGAUGAUGGAGAUGAUGGAGAUGAUGAUUUCUUUUACGAUGGUUAA